UUCCUCCCUUCCUUCACCCGCCCGGGAGCCGCGGUCCUUCCUUCUCCCGCGCCGGCUGCAAGGCAGAAGUUAAAAAGCAUCAUCAUGCCAAACUGUUUCCAUAGUUGGGGAAAAGUGAGAUAACACAGAACUUCUGAAAACCGGGUGCUGCCUGCCGAGCGCAGAGGGAUUUGGACAGCAUGAGGAGGCUAUUCCUGUCAAUGGAAAACACAGGAUCCAAGAUGCUCUCUCUUCUUCUGUGGGUCACAGCUGCCAGGCCUUGCUGUUUGCCCUUGGGAGGGGCAGAACCAGGCAUCCCUUCCUGUCCUGAAUCUUGGCCAUGGCCUCUCCCCAGUUUCUUUGGCUGGGCAGGAGCCAGGAACUGAACGGACUUUGGGAAAGCCUGGCUGUGGCACUGAAUCCACACUCCUGCCUGGAUGGCUGUGGGACCUCACUGAGAGCACAUAGAGGCAGCAGCAGCAACAAUCCUCCCCUUUCCUUCCCCACACAGAGCAUGGCUCAGCUGCAUGGGAGGUGGUUACAUGCCACUAAGCUGUGGUGCAGAGCUGCUGCAAGCAGCUCGUAAUCUAAUUUAUUAAGGGCUUUGAAUCCUUACAAAGAGUAUGUUGGAUACAUGCAAAGCAUCUGCAUUAUUACAGUGAUUAGGGCAGCAAAGAUGGGGAAAAGGGGAAGGAGGGAAAAUACAAUUUCUCUGCUUUCAGCAGAAAAUAAAUCAACUUUCACAGAGAAUUCUGGCAAAGCCAAAGGCUGUGCUGUCAUUAAAAAUGAUUUUUUAUUAAGCUGAACUCUCUCUUCUCUCAUAUUGUAUGAUAUGACAGCUCUCUUUUGAUGGGAAGGCUUUCAUUUGGCCAGAGAAAGGGAUAAUUUGCUUCUUUUAAGGAGUUAAUCCUCUGGUCCAUUUCCGGGCUGGGAACAGCUAUCCUCCCCCUUCCUUGGAUAGGAGGCUGCAGCACAAUGGAGAUCAUAACCACCUCAAAUCUACACCCAAGAUGGAGAAAUCAGAUUUCCUUCUCCAGUCAUUUUUGUGGGAUUAGCUAAAUCUUAGAUCCACGCUAACCCUUCACAAAGCUGCCAAGAUUAGUUAGAAUUUAUUUUAUUUGCAGGGGGGUUUACGGUUUUCUUUCCAAAGGGAUUAUAUCUCUCUCUCUCUAUAUAUAUAUAUUUAGAGUGGCUUCAGUCAUAACGCAGCUAGGUCAGAGGGAGGAAAAGAGUGUGUGUGUAUAAAAUAAAAACUCAGCUGCAAGAAUGACAGUCACUUGAAACGCCAAGACAAAGCUGUGGUUCUGGAUGGCUUUGCCAGCCCAUUUUAAAAGCCACAUAAGCUGUCCUUUCCCUAGCAAAACCCCCCUAGGGAGCCAGUGAAGGGAGGGCAAAGCCCCCCAGUUGGGCUGCCUGUUUCCCCAGCCGCUGCUGCUGCUGGCACAGGAUGUCUUCAGAGGCAGUGCCAGGGGCUGACGCCGGCAGGAGAGGCCUGAAGAAGCCACGUCCGUUCAGCAUCGAGGACAUCCUCUCCAGCCCCGCGGAGAGGAGCCCCCAGGUCUUGGUGCCGCUGUGCCUCCGGAGCAUCUUGGACUGCACACCCAAGCGGCUCUGUGAGCUGGAGACCAUCCCAGCCAGCUCCCUGCAGGAGGAGGAGGAGGAGGAAGAGGAGGAAGAGCUGGAAGGGGCAGGCUGCAGCUGCUGCUGUUGUUCUCACACGAGUGCCCGUUCCCCGCAGGACCUGCCGGCUUGGCUGGAUGCCCGCUUCCCCUGGCCCAUGCGGCUCUUCCACCCGGCAGUCAGGGUCUGUAGGAGCUCCCAGGAGAAGCCAAGCGAGCUGCAGACCUUCCAGCAGAUCCAGCGCCGCACGCGCCGGCACCGCACCAUAUUCACCGAGGACCAGCUGCAGGCCCUGGAGACGCUUUUCCACCAGAACCAGUACCCGGACGUGGUCACCCGCGAGCACCUGGCAAACCGCAUUCAGCUGAAGGAGGAGCGGGUGGAGGUUUGGUUUAAAAAUCGUCGGGCGAAGUGGCGGCAUCAGAAGAGGGCGACUGCCUCAGCACUGAGCCUCCAGCCCAAGCAGCCCCCCAAGGAGAGCUGUUAGUGCUCACAGGCUGCAGAGAGCACCAAGAGCACCCACUGCCCGUAGCUGACAGGCUCAGGGGGUAACCCGAGGGGGCUAAUGCAGCAAAAGGGAACCUCUGUGGUUCACACAGGAGGAGGACAGGUAAAAGCAGACACUUUUUGGCACUUUCACGUGCCUCUUCCAAACCUAGUUCACAUGGCAAAUAACUCAGUAGGCAAGAUGUGCAGGGGACAGAGUUGCACCGGUGUUAAAUGUGUGUGCUUUAAGAGAAGGAAAAACUCCACUUCUUGUCUUUGCUCUGUGCAUGUAGUAUUUGUGCUCGUUUUAUUGAUGUAGAUUUGCAAAAUAUCCUGCAAAUGAAUGUUUCCUGUUUGCAGCACCUCAGUGGCAUCUAGAGUUGCUUUUGGGGUUGAACUUGGUGGACAAGUGAUUUGUUUCAUAUCAAAGAAGCACGGGUUUCUCCCCAUAGCCCUGGGGAGAGGUGAUGAACGUGUUGUGGUGAGAGGGUUGGCACAGGCAGCGUUCACCUUCACCCCUGCUGCCAGCCAGUCCCUGUCACAACGAGCCGUGUCCGUGGCCCUGGCGGGGCCAAGGGGAAGCCAGGAGCUGGAAAGCAGCGAGAUCAAUAAACUGCGCUGUCACCCCCGCCGAGCAGCCGGCCGGGGUCCCGCUCCCCGCAGCCCGGGUGCUUCUGAGGAGGUCUGAAGAGACCGUGGGGGCUUUGGGGGGAUCCGCCCGGCGCCCGUCCCUU